AUGGCUUCUCACGAACACCUCGAUCAGUUGGCCAACUCGCCGUCGACGACGAGCGAUGAGGAGGAGGAUGGUCAUGAGGACGCCGCUACUGUGGUGGAGGCUUCCACCAUGAGCGUUGAGCACGAUGAUGAUGAUCCAAUGGCAGUUGACUCUCCCACCUCCGCCACGAAGCCCAGGCUCAAGCUGAAAAUCAGAGCGUCUAUAACAUCGACGGGGUCUUCGGACCAUGCCGCUCUCAACGGCAUCACGGCUGAAAGAGAUAGGAAUGGCGGUGAUGAAAACGAGAAGCCCCCAUCCACACUUCAUAUCGUCAAGAAUAGUCCCCCUUCGGUGACACCUGUGGCUGUUGCCGUUGGGAUGGAAGAUGAGGAAGAUGACAAUGAGGAAAAGCCGGUCGUCAAAGCCUCUACGGCGGUGAAGAAGAAGACACCCAAAGAUACGAAUGGAGAAAAGAAGGGGAAAGCCAAAUCACCCAAUGGAGAGAAGAAGAAGAAGAAGGUCAAAUCGACUGCGGCAAAGUCUAAAGCUGUCAAAUCCGAGUCCAAGACAGCAAGUACAUCCAAGGCUACUAGUAGUAGCAAAGCUGGCAAAACCUCCAAAACGAAGUCAGAAGAUGGCGUCAAGAAAGUCAAGAAAAAAGUAAAGAAAGAACCCCCAGUCAACGGCGCGUCCACGCCAACACCAUUGGCCACCGGACCUCCCAAAAAGAAGAAAAAGCUUCCAAAACUCCCGCUUGGAGCCAAGCGCAAGCUGCCGACCAAAGCUAAUUCUCCGGCGACGGUCCCCCCUGAGCCUGCUGAAGCGACAGUUACUGUCAGUGCGACUGUCGUUGCCAGCGACGAUGAAGUUGUCGACGCAGACGCUGUUGCUACCGUUGUCGUGGAGGCACCGGCAAAGCCUCCCGCUCCUGCGAAAGCCCCGGCUGCCACUAAGCGAAAGGCAGUCCAGGCGAAAGCAAUUCGUUUGCCACCAAUGACAUCUCCAGGGCUGAUGAUCAGGGGCAACAAUACUACGGAGUACACCACACCGCAGUCUGUCUUUGAGGGGUCCAUGGCGGCUGCGGGGUACACUACUGAGGGAAGGACCAAUGAUCCACACAGAGGGUCCAGCGUGAAGCGGGUUGUGGGGGAUAUGUUUGAUAGCAACGUGGCAUUUGCUUUGAAUUUUCCGACCAUUGCGCCUACCGAUAUUUGGACGACGGAACGUGCCAAUGUCCUCCUAAAGUCACUGGGAAAUAGUGAGCAAAAGAAGGAGAGCGCAGGAACAAGCGAGGAAAAUACGGAAAGGAAACGAGAAAAUGGGUCUCGGAAACGUCCACGCACGCUGCAGGUAUCAGAAAUGCUUCCGGUAUCCUUGACGCUUCCUUAUCCUGAGAGCUAUAUUGAACAGGGUCUGCAAUACGUGAAGGAGGUCCAAGAAAGGGAAACCGCAAUCGUUCAACGCCAGGAAAUGCAAGAAAAAUUGGAAACUGAACAGGACGAAAAAGAUAUCAAGGCUGGGAAGAUGCCUGAAGACGCGUCCGAACCACGAAAGAUGGACAAUCCGGUAAAUAUUCCGCCCAUUCCAGUCCCUCCCGCAGCUCCGCCCCUAUCGCAGUUUGACUUCAAGGGAAUUGACGCCGAUCAGUAUGAGGGGACGCAUCCAAUCUAUCUACCAAAGGGGAAGAAGAAUUUUGUUGCUCAUCUGGACAAGGAUUGCUUUCACGCCACGGAAGGACGUUAUUUUGGGCUCAGCUCCAAUUUCAUCGCCGAUCCGCAUUUCGUGGGUCCUAGCGCUCCAGGGUUGGCGGGGCUUACUCUCUCUGUGGGAUCAGGGCUUGCAACAACCUCUACUACUUCGGGCAACAAUGCUGCUUCCUCGGUCCUAGCAGCCCCUCCUCCGAUUCAGGCUGCGAAGAGCAGCACAGGAGGGAAUACAUCUUCCGAAAAAGCUCCAAAGAAGGAAGCAUCCUCCACUACCGGUACUACCAAGACAGCGAAGAAGACGGCGUCACUACCAACCGUAGCCAAAGCUGGGCCCAAGAGCAAGUUCAAGUUGAAGCAUGCCGGUCCUGCGCCGACAGCAACUACAGCCGACUUGAGAAAGGUUAUGGAAGGUUCAGAGGGGAAAGAAAUGGCGGAAGAAACCAGGAGGUGUAUCAUACGAGCCGCGGUUCAUGCAAGUCGGUCGGGGAAACAUGGCCAGGCAUUCUUGGCGCCUGAUGGUAAAGCGUACCCAGAUGUUUCAAAGGCGUUUGCAGCGCACGCAGGACUAAAGCCAUGCAGUCGAUGCAAAAACAACAAACAGGGGGCAUAUCACUGUAGACUGAGACGCAAGCACAAAGAAUUAGACUAUGACGGUGGUGACAGCCCUGCUGAACUUUCCCCAUUGCUAAUGUAUCCUUUGGAAGAACUUCUUCUGAAUCCCGCUACACUUAGAUACGGCAGUAAAUAG